CGGCGCCCAGGACGCGGCAUCAUGGCUGCGUUCGGCCUCUCCAGUUUGCUCAGCCGAGUCCACGCCACCGCUUGGGGAACGGCAAGGUCACCUCUUCUCUGUGACACUUUGAGGAAAAUCACUUCUUCUGCAGGAGGGAAAUCAGAGCCUGUCCGGACAGCCCUGAAGAAGCCCAAGCUGCCGCUGGGCCGUUUUGAUGCACCCGAGGGGUCUCCGGUGGAGCAGGAGCCGCUGGCGAAAUUUCCUGAUGAUGUUAAUCCACUUACCAAAGAAAAAGGUGGACCCAGGGGCCCAGAGCCGACACGAUAUGGAGAUUGGGAACGGAAGGGACGAUGCAUUGAUUUCUAGGACCUAGCCUUCAGCUUCAUUCCCACUCUCUGAAUAUGUACAUGUGAAUUUCCUACUUCAGAUUAUGUUCUUUCUUUUAUAUCCUUCAAAUUGUGUGUGUGUGUGUGUGUGUGUGUGUGUGUGUGUGUGUAUAACCAGAAAUUGAACUGAGGAAUUUGUACAUAUUAGGCAAGUGCACUGAGCUACAUCCUUAGCCCCAAAUCAGCUCAUCUCUGUCAUGUGUUUAAAUAUGUAUACGAUGACUUUGGAAGCUAUCAUUUAGGAAAAGCAUUUUUACAUUAUGCAUAUUAACAUUAACAAAUAUAUUGUUAUGUAAGGGAUCGUUAGACCUAUAAACCUUUACUUCAUAAUUUGUUAAUGAGUUGCUCGCUUGCAAAAUGCAUGUGUAAAUAAAAUAUUUUAAGUGAUUAUGAUGCUA